AUGACAGAGCUCUAUCAAACCGCAAACUGCGAUCACAUCCCCAUAAUCGAUCUAGCAAAUAUAAACAGUACUCAACUAGAACAACGUCAACAACUUGCACAAGCAGUAUAUGAAGCAUGUACCCAGGUCGGGUUCUUCUACAUCAAGAACCAUGGAGUUCCAGAAGAAAUGAUACAGGGUAUCCAACAUGCCGCAGAGCAGUUCUUCAAUCUUCCCGAGGCCGAAAAAAGGAAAUUCUAUAUCGGAAACUCAAAGAAAUUCCGCGGAUAUAGCCCUAUCGGUGGCGAAAAGUCUACAGGGACAGAGGACGACCCAGUCGCCGAAGAAGAUGCCGAGGGCGUUCUUUCCGAAGCAUUCGAUAUAGGAUAUGAAACCGCCCUAGACUUUGAGAAAUCGCCAGAUGAUGUGCUGCCGCCAGAUACAUACGGACUAUAUGGUGACAACCAAUGGCCGGACGAAGAGACUUUAGCUGGCUUUUCAAACACAUAUAGAAAGUAUUGCGCCACAGUUUUGCAACUCUGUCGCAAGAUGAUGGGAAUAUUUGCUCUGUCUCUCGGGCUAACGGAGAAUUAUUUCGAUUCAAAAAUUAAUUAUCCUGGCGUCACUUCACGCAUGAUACAUUAUCCGGCUCAGGCUGUUGGAGAAGAUCGUGAGGGGCUGGGUGCACACACUGAUUGGGAGUGUUUCACGAUUCUCUUGCAAUGGAAGGUCCCUGGCCUCCAAGUUUUCAACCAUGACGGAGAAUGGAUUCCAGCUCCUCCCAUUCCAGGAACGCUGGUUGUCAACAUCGCGGACUGUCUAUCAGCCUGGACAAAUAAAAAGUUCAAAUCGACAAUUCACCGCGUAAAGAAUAUCUCUGAGGAAGAACGAUAUUCAGUUCCCUUCUUCUUCGGUGUCGACUAUGACGCUACAGUUUCCGUCCUGGAUAACCAUACAUCGGAAGAUAACCCACCCUGCAGAGCCCCAUUUAAGGCCGGUGAAGUAAGUACUCUGUCCCUGAAAUAUUUAAUGUAA